AUGGAACUUGAAGUCUCGCGCCGCCUGGAAAACGAGGCCCAGUUCUGGGAUGAACUGGACCGUGUACUUUGCGCUCAGUGCGACUCCCACGCUGCGAUAGACAAUGUUCUCCGGGCGUAUCUGGAUCUGACGACGAAAUAUCAAGAUGACUUCCUCCGUUGCGGCUACGACCUUCCUCGAUGUUCCAGCGGCCUGCUCAGCUCCGCCCUGUUCUCGAAUAAUGCGGAUUAUAUACGACAGCAGAUAAUACACAGCCUGCUUCAGGAAGACGAACCCGCCGUCCUCCACGUUAUCGCAUCACUGUUGCUGUUCGAUGGGCGCCAGGAUGGGACUUUAUUCGAAAUCAUGAAUAGGGAGGGCGCAUUUGGGCGGUUAAUUGAACUUAUACGGGGAACUAUAGGUGAUGUUGGUGGAGCCGGCCUUCACCAGUUGUUGAUGGAACUGUUUUACGAGAUGUCAAGGAUACAGAGAAUUAAGAUUGAAGACUUGAGUACGUUCAAACCGUGUGCGUCUCCACCUCUUGUCUUGAACAUACUACUCAUCACUUUUGAACUCCGGAAAAUAGUUAUCGUCGAUGAUGAUUUUAUAAAAUUUCUGUUUGAGAUCGUUGAGGAAGUUUCUGAUGAUGUGGACGAUCCGUAUCACUCUCGGGUGAUCCGGGUACUGCUUGUGCUUAAUGAGCAGUUUAUGGUCUGCGCUCACGAUCCUAUUCCGGAACGGCCAUCCUUCAAUCCCCCUACGAACAAAGUCAUCAAAGUCCUGUCGAUGUAUGGAAGCCUAUACAAAACCUUUGGUGAAAAUAUAAUACUUCUACUCAAUCGCGAAAAUGAAACGUCACUCCAGCUUCUGACCCUCAAAGUCUUAUACCUGCUCUUUACGACGCCACCCACCUACGAAUAUUUUUAUACUAAUGAUCUUCGAGUUCUUGUUGAUAUACUAAUUCGCAAUCUCCUGGACCUUCCUGAGGAAGCCUCUGCCCUUCGUCAUACGUAUCUCCGGGUGCUUCAUCCUUUACUUACAUAUACCCAGCUUAAGCAACCACCUCACUACAAACGUGACGAAUUACGGCGACUCUUUGGUAUAUUAAUUAGAGAUCAUAUCGCCGGUUACGAAGAUGGCUUCGAAAAAAUUCUUCAUUUUGAUGAGGUUGACGAAACAACCAAGAGACUGGUGCUACGGUGCGCGCAGGUCGAUUGGUUAAUUGAAAGGAAUGAGAACUCUCCAAAGUUGUCUCUGGACAGUGGUAUUGAAAUUGAAACGAAUUCCACCAUUACUGAUACGAAAGGAGAUGAAUCGCGCACAUCAACACCGCAGCUAUUAGGGGGGGAAAUGAGCUCAACUGUAGUCCAACCCAACCCUUCGGAACCUCUAUCAACAUCUGACCAGACGUCGAAUCAAUUGCUAGGCGCGGAUCUGGAGGCAUCUCGCUCUUUAUCUGUCUCUAUGACAGAAAUUGCUACUCAUCGAGAGAAGCCUGGAGUCAUGAUGCCGAGAAAAAGCAACCCCAGCCAGGUAUUGCCAAAACAGAAACCAGAGCCCCCAAAAUCAAGGAGGCUGCGCGGUCGCAGAGGCCAUGGAGAUGAACAUAACAGAGAACGCCAUUUCCCUCAGCCAGAUCAGCUCCACGAGAAGCAGUCGAGUAUCCGUCGAGCAAGUUCAGAGUCCCCGCCUACUUCUCAUGAGAUAGACAAUGGACUUCCUUCAAGCCCAACCACAGCAUAUGAAGCUGACUCCCCGGUAAGACUUAUCAAGCCACGCGCCCAUUCUUCCCUCCGCCCACCUGCUGUGCCACCACCUCGUCGGUCAUCUCAAUCCGUCCCUCCUUCAACUCUUAUCGAUCACGACGGUCACCAUUCUCCUAACGGCCCCACUCCAUCAAGCAAUCAAUACCUUUCACACUCAAAAUUAUACGUGCCGAAUACCAAAAAAGGCCACCCUCACCCACACAAACCGCGACCGCCAAAAACUCGGCGUUGGCGGGCGCAUCUACUUGCAAACUCCGCAACAGAGGACAAAAGCAGAUGCAGCACCCCACAAAUCUCUGUAGAUGAUACCUCCGACUCACCAUGCAUGUCACGCGAAUCACCCCUAUCUGCUUCGGAGGAUGUUAGCAAAAUAUCCCUGGCUGGGAUAAACGAGCUGGAAAGAAAGGUGUCUGCCAUCAAGGUAGGCGACGCAUAG